CGCCAGCCGGGCUGGGCCGCGCUGGGCCUCGCUGUUCCGGGCUGUGCCGUGCGCGGCCAUGGCGGUGCUGCUGGAGACCACGGUCGGCGACCUGGUCAUCGACCUGUACACGGAGGAGCGGCCCCGCGCUUGUCUGAAUUUCCUGAAGCUCUGCAAAGUCAAAUACUACAAUUAUUGUCUUAUUUAUAAUGUACAGAGGGAUUUUAUUAUACAAACUGGCGACCCCAUGGGAACUGGUCGUGGAGGGGAAUCCAUAUUUUGUCAACUGUAUGGUGAUCAAGCCAGAUUUUUUGAGGCAGAAAAGGUGCCGAGAAUCAAGCACAAGAAGAAGGGAACUGUGUCCAUGGUGAACAAUGGCAGUGAUCAGCAUGGAUCACAGUUCCUCAUUACCACAGGGGAAAACCUGGAUUACCUUGAUGGUGUGCAUACAGUAUUUGGAGAAGUGACAGAAGGCAUGGAUGUGUUGAAGACAAUUAAUGAAACCUUUGUAGAUAAGGAUUUUAUCCCAUAUCAAGAUAUCAGGAUAAAUCAUACAGUAAUUUUAGAUGAUCCCUUUGAUGACCCACCUGGGCUGUGUGUUCCUGAUCGCUCACCAGAACCUACAAAGGAGCAGCUCGAUAGUGGCAGAAUAGGAGCAGACGAAGAAAUUGAUGACAUGAAAGGACGGACUGCAGAUGAAAUAGAAGAAUUUCAGGCAGAAAAAGAAGCAAAAACUCGUGCAAUUCUUUUGGAAAUGGUGGGAGACUUGCCAGAUGCGGACAUCAAGCCACCAGAAAAUGUGCUUUUUGUUUGUAAACUGAAUCCUGUGACCACAGGUGAAGAUCUGGAGAUAAUAUUUUCACGAUUUGGUCCCAUUAAAAGUUGUGAAGUGAUCCGAGACUGGAAGACUGGUGAAUCUCUUUGUUAUGCAUUCAUUGAGUUUGAAAAGGAGGAAGACUGUGAGAAAGCCUACUUCAAAAUGGACAAUGUGCUGAUAGAUGACAGACGGAUACAUGUGGAUUUUAGCCAGUCUGUUGCAAAGAUUAAAUGGAAGGGAAAAGGUGGGCGGUAUACCAAAGAAGAUUUCAAGGACUAUGAGAAGGACCGUGACAAACCUUCAAAAUUUGCUCUGAAAGAAAAGGUUAAACCAAAGCAAGAUGCCAAGUAUGACCUUGUGCUGGAUGAGGAUGUGGAAGAGUCUCACACAAGUCAGUCACACUUGGCUAAAAAACAGAAAAAGAAAAAGCACCACCACUCUGAAGAUGAAGAUGAUGACAAGAGGACCAAAAAAUCUAAGGACUCUGAGAGGAAGCACGAAGAGCGCUGCAGGGAGAGGACCAAGGGUGAGAAGAGGGACAGGCACCGGAGCCGCAGCCGCUCUCAGGACAGAGAUUACAGCAGGCACAAAGACAAAUACAGAGAAGACAGCCGAGCGAGAGACUGGGAUAAAAAAGCAGACAGAAGCAGAAGUCCUAAGAAAUCAAAAGACAAAGAGAGGUCCAAGUACAGAUGAAGGACAAGGAAAAUACAGAGGGGGACUAAAAUAAUAAAUUUAACUUUUUUCUUUUGUGUUUUUUCUGUACUAUUUACUGUAGUGUCUGACUGCAAUAUGCAGGAAGAUUUUGCAGGUUGAUACCUGUCAUUGGAACAUGAUCUGCUAAUUCUAAAAUUCAAGAUGAAUCACUGCAAAUUGUUCUGCCCUGGAGUGCCUGUGCCUGGAUAGGGUAUUUCAAUGGACUGUGAAGAAAGAUAACUUCCUACUGAUUCUCUGGGAAGGCUGAUAGUUAAGGAACAUAAUCAGCUGAAACUAUCCCGUGGCAGAAAAUUCUGACUAGGCAGGCCAGAGGGGAUGGCUGUAAUCUCCAGACCUAAGCUGAGCAGGGAUACUGAGGGUAUUUAAUGCAGGAAUGUGCUUUCCAACAGCAUCUGCCCUAUCUUUGCUUUGGUAAAAACAAAGCUGGAGUCCAACAUCCUUGGUGCUUGUGGUAAUUAGAAAACAGAACAAAAAAACCCCACCUUCCUGUAAUGUUGAAAAUAACAUAGAAAAUGCUGUAGCAGAAGCAUCAGCUUCUUCACUUUUACGUAGCUGAGGCCUGUUUGAUGGGGAAUGCCUCGUGCUUUGAGGCUCUUUGUUCCUUAGUUGAAGGCUUAGAAACCAGCUCCUCAGAGAUUUCUGUUGGAUUCCUUUACUUGAAACAGCUUAAAAAUGUAUGUAGACUCAAUUGUUUUAUUCUAUGGAUUUGAGUAAGUUUGAGACCUAUUUUGAUGUCACACAGUAUAGUUCCUUUAGUUCUUUGUAGUCUUGAGCUUGAGUCCAAGACUUAAAGUGGGCUUGACCAAAUACAGAAAGUGUACUUGGCUAAGA